AUGGCGGCUUCCGGUCGUGUGACGCUCGCACAAGAUGGCGCCCAGGGAAAUGUCAAAGUCCACCCGUAUCUGGCGGCGCUCGUACGAUGGUGCGUAUCCUCCGUUUGGACCGCCGCGACAGUUCUGCUGCACCGCCUUAUGACCACGCCCCACCCACAGAUAUCGGGCCCGAAGCCGCCGAAGCCGCGGCCGGCUACCACCGGCCACCUGCACCCUGAGCCGCUGGUGGAGUGCGUGGUCCUCCACCAGCCGCCAUCGCACACCCUCGACGUCAUAUUCGUGCACGGGCUCUACGGUUCCCUGGCCAACACAUGGCGCCAGGGCGAAUGGAGGUCCAACUACACCUCGGAUCCGAUCAAGGUGCCGCUGCGGCGGCCGGACUCUUUGCCCACCGCGUGCUCCUGCACCUGGGACGAGGACCAGGUCCGAGAAUGCCCCUGCGAGCUCAAACUACCCCGAAAGACCAAGCCACAAGCGAAAGAUGACGCGUUCGACGGGGGGCGAACGGACGGCGAGUUCUACUCGAAAUACCGCAAGGUUCUGCCACAGGAAGAAUUGUUCAUCACGGAGAAGUUCUACAACAACACGAUCUUAGACCGGGCUGGGGUAGGGGACUUCGGGACGCAGGCCGGCUUCGUGCGGGACCUCUUCCAGAGGAACUGUUCCGGGGAGGGUGGGAAGUGUGAUAGGGGGGAGUCGGUUGGAUGCGAGUGCGGAGUGGACUGCCAGGCCGGGUGUGGCUGUAUCUGCGAUAGAUGCUACUCGCCCUGCUGGCCCCGCGACUGGGUCAAGGUGGACUUCCCCGGCGCGAGGGUCAUCUCGAUCAAUUACACGAGCGACCCGUACCUGUGGCGGCCGCUCUGGAUCAAGCAGUGCAAACGACAGAGGCUGCACGAGCGCGCUGAGCAAAUGAUGCGACAGCUAAUGCAGCUCGGCGUUGGCGACAAGCCUAUCGUGUGGGUCGGGCACUCCAAGGGGGGGCUUUUCAUCAAGCAGUUGUACUGCGAAGCUUACGAGGCGUAUUUGAAAACGGACAAAGUCGACGAUUGCUAUUUCGAGAACGAAAAUCCAGUUAAAGACGAUAACGAUGAUCCUGUCACUAGCGAUAAUUUCGUUACCGAUACCGUCAACAACAACUGUUCUAACGAGAACGCUUCAAACGAGGCAAAACUGAGCAGCCUGAUAGACUAUGUAUUCGGUGGGGCCAAAAAUUCGGACACUGACGAAUUAGAUAUUAAUAAAAAUCCAACGGUGGCCAAAGAAGUUGAAGAAGCAGCAGCGAUGAAUGACACUUGCGAAGAUAGACCGGAUGGAGCCAAAGAUUCGGAAACUACAGAGGCGUCUUCUAUUGAUGCAGAAGAUCCUAAAGAGGUAGCAAGGCGCGCCAACCUGUGGAAGAACAGCGCCGGCUUCAUGUUCUACUCAGUACCGCACCGAGGGUCACCGCUGGCCGACAUCAAGACCCCAAUCACGGCCAGGAGUGUGGAGUUGCUGGAGAUUUGCAAAGACUGUCCACUGGUGAUGGAACUCCAGGACCGGUGGCUGCGGGCCACGACCAGGUCCCGGCCGCCGGUCAGCAGCCUGGUGGAGACCUGCAAGACCCUCAUGUCGCUGCUCUGGCUUCGGAUCGUCAGCGUCGACUCGGCUGACUGUCCACUGGUGAUGGAACUCCAGGACCGGUGGCUGCGGGCCACGACCAGGUCCCGGCCGCCGGUCAGCAGCCUGGUGGAGACCUGCAAGACCCUCAUGUCGCUGCUCUGGCUUCGGAUCGUCAGCGUCGACUCGGCUGAUCCUGGCAUUGGAGUCCUAUCCGGCGUGUCGGUAGACCACCGCGAGAUCUGCAAGCCUUCGAGCAGAAAGUGCCUUUUAUACAGAGAGCUUAAAGCCCUCAUAACGCAUGCUCUCAACAACAUUAGGCAAUUU